GCAAGAACUCUCCACGAACACUAUCCCACCAAGACUGUCUUAAAGAGAUCUUGCAAGGCUAUCCAGACUCAAAUAUACGGCAAUCAAUGAACGAUGAUGCCUUCUUCAAAGGUCUACAUUCUUACCUUCAAGGUGUGGUUGCCACCCGUAUUCAACAUGUCUCAAGAUGGAUCAGGGCCAAUACCGAGCGCUUUGAGAGAAGAGUAGAAGUCACUACAUUGCUCAGAAUGUUUGAAGCUUAUUCCAAAGACCUUCAUGCCAACAUCACCCUAUGUGGAUCUCAAUGCUCCUCUUCCGUUUGGAGCAUACCCUCCAUCAAUGCGACCAUUCUUUUGGAUGUCCUAUCCGAUGUCAGCUUUGCAGGUCUCCCUGCCAAGCAAACCCACAGUUGCUAUAGCUCAUGUGAGCUUGGCAUUUGUGAAAUUUUGACCGCACCUAGUUCAAUGAAGUCCACGUACGUAAGCAAGCGUGAAAGAUAUGACUAUACGAUGUCCAUUCAACUAUCCAACCCACUACCGUGUGCGAUUCCCAUCAAACCAAAUGAACUCCAACACAGUGGACCUCAUUCUCAUUCUGAAGACCCUCAAGCAUUUCACUACUGUGAGGCACGCUGCAAGUAUUGCGAGUACUUCUGUACACUUCCAUUAGGACAUUCACAACAAGAACACGAGACAUCCCAUGGCUCUAUGUUGCGAGCCGAAUGGAUAGUUGAUGGGGAUGAUAAUGCAUUCUAUGAACUCGAGGGUCAUAAAUACGUCACCGGAGAUAGUGAUACCUGUCGUGCAACCGACCCAAAUCAAUGUAAUGGGAGCGAUAUCGAGCACAUACAGGGACCAAUUCGGUCGCAAUAUAUGGACUGGAUUACUCAUAAAGAAUUCUGGAGACGAAGUGCUCUUAGACCCCGACUCCCAAUGCAAGGUUCUGGACUGCCAGACAGGCAUCCUUCCGAGCUGGGGCCACUAGAGGCAUUAGUAACCUUCGUGCAGGUUAUACUGUCCAACGACACGAUUAGUAGCCCAGAUGACCUUGUCGAACAUGUUUUGAAGAACAGACCUCCUUACGGGGGAACAGAUUAUACCAAGGCAUUAAAGACCAUCCAGGAUCACAUGGAGCAAUCGUGGUCACCAACGCGCUUCCCAGUGAUAGUGUUCUUGUCCGAUGGAGAGUGCAACGUGUCUGAUUCCGUCAUUGACCAGCUCUGUAGGACUGCUAUGGAACUAGGGUGA